GCUGAGCUUUGUUCGGGAAAAAAUUUGGCUCUGUCUUUAGGGACCGGAAAAAAAAUAGAAGAGAACAGGGAACAUCUUUUUUCCCAUCCUUCCGCUCUUCUGGCUUGCGGUCGAUGACACAGUGUUCUGGAAAGAUGAAGGUCAUGGAGGCAAAGUGGAUGCUGGUGGUGGUGUUGGUGUAUCUGGCGGCGGUGGUGGUGUCGCCGGUUGCGGCAGACGCGCUGUUUGAUCGCGAGUACUACUACGUCACCUUUGACAGCAUUCGCAAGAUCUCGCCGACGUCGCAGGGCGGGACUGAGAUGGAGCGGACCCUUGGCCUGGCGUCGGUGCCGAACGGAUCGGGCGGCAAGGGUCUCAUCUUCCGGCCCGACUCGAUCGGGUCGCUCAGCAACGCAACGUGCAUCCUUUACAACUCGCUCGCGCUUCGGAACGUUGAGCUGAGCAAGACGUCGGUUGUGCUGGAGCCGCUUGGUGCGUCGUUUUCCGAAGUGACGACGGCAAACUUGGCUAUGGAUCCGUUUGGUAGUACGGCGUCGCCGCGGGUGUACCUCACCGCCACCCGCGACCUCUUUGCCUUUAGCGUCGACAACCUGGCCAUGGCUGGUCGUGAAGUGGUUUUCUCGCGGGGCUCUGCGUUUGGGUCUGCGAUUGGCGGUGGCUCUGGCGCGAUCCACCACUUUACCAGCGACAACUACUACCGCAUCGACCACAGCGGACAGACUUCGACCGAGACGCUUGUCCUCACCGGCGGCAACCCGGCGGUGUACGGUCCGUUUGCCUCGGCCACCUUGGCGACCAACAUCGACUGUGCGGUCAUGUCUGCCGACGGCAAGACCAUUUACGUCUCUGCCCGGGGGUAUAUCACGGCUCUCCAGCUCGAGUCACAGACGUACGUGGAGGUGGCUGGCAAGCCGGACGAGCCCCCCAUCAUUGUCGACGGCCUCGGAUCGGCGGCUCGGUUUGCCAGGAUCAGGACCAUGGCACUCGACCACGACAACCACCUCAUUGUCAACGAUGAGUGUAUCGGCGGAAGCGUCUUUCGUCGAGUCAACCUGGCUACCGCCGAGGUGACGACGAUCUGGGGAGACGUCGGCGAUGCCUGCGAACUGCCGCGGCAAUCGUCGACGUUGCAGAGGCAGUCCCAGCCGUGGUCGCGUUCUGCAGCUGGUGGCUAUGGCUACAUUCCGGAUCGCAGCUCGAAGCAGGUAGAGAGCCCGCGGGUGGCGUUGUCGGGACCGGCUCGCCCGCCACCCACGACGUUUGAAGGGGAGACGGUGUAUGCGAUUCUCUCUGUGGCGCGGCGGCACUCUGACGAGGCAAUGUACCCAGCGUACGUGCCUGUUCCGCCGCCUUCGUCGCCGCCGCCACCGCCGCCGGGGCCUCCGGUGGUGGUCCAGGGCUGCGUCAACUCGUGCGUGUACGGACCGGCAGGCGGAGUCGUCACCUUUGUGGGCACCGGCUUCAACGCGACGGUGAACGUGACGGUCAACGGAGUCUCGGUCUACCCGGCAGCAAGCAGCCGUGGCUCAGGGAGCGGCAGCGGGUCGCGGAGCCUGCUGCAGACGGGCGCGACGACAGGCUCGUCGACGCUGACCUUUGAUCUCCCUGCCGGGCUUCCCGGCGGGUACCCAACCAUUGUGGUGACGACGACGACCAACGCGACGGACGUCUCUGGCGUGGUGUUCAUCGAUGCGGCGGUGGCGUUCAACUGCACAGCGACCGGCUUGUGGUUCACCGGCACCGAGUGCCGGCCGUGCCCGACGGGCGCGGUCUGUCCUGGUGGCUCGCGGCUCUGGCCGCGGCUCGGGUACUGGUCGUACUCGGAGCUGACCCAGCCCGGGGCGUGCGCCAUCCGCGAGGCGUGCUGCGGCGCUCUGGGCGAGAUGCCUGAGGAGUGUCCGCUCUCACCGACGGCGCUUGCCGGCGGAGUGCGCAACACGCAGCAGUGUGACACCAGCGCCGGCUACACGGGCGAGUUCUGCGACUCGUGCAUCACGCCGGCGUACUUUCGGGACGGCGGAGUCUGCCGGGUGUGCGACAAGGGCGACAAGGGCGAGCUUGCGCUGCUGGUCAUCACGGCGCUGAUCAUGACCGGACUUGUCUUUCUUGGCAUUGCCGUCCUCUCUGUGGCCAAGCUCUCUGCGGUCGUCGCAGGCCUCCUUGCCCUCCAGCAGGUGGUCUUUGUCGGGCGGCUGGCGUCGUCGCGGCUCAACUCGCAGACCGGGCGCGAUCUCAACGCGCUCUUCCGCUCUCUCUCGUUUGUCCUCUUUGACGUCGAGUUUGUGCAGCCGGCGUGCUACUUCUCGGCCUCGAUCGGCUUUGUGCAGGUCUUCUGGGGCACCCUUGCCCUCAUUGGCAUUGCCAUUGUCGCCUUUCUCGUCGCCUCGGGCGUCUACGCCGUCGUCGGCUACCGGGUGCCCUCGCUCAAGUCGCUGUUCAAGAAAAAGUCCAAGGGCGAGGGCGGCGACGAGGCCAACGGCGAGUCGGCGACCUCGAGCCGGACCAGGACGAGCUCGUGCUCGUCGAUGACCGAUGACUACACGCUGACGUCGACGUCGUGGAGCGAGCAGCAGCAGCAGCAGGCGGGCACGAUGACGACAACAACGUCGGGGCUCUCGGGCCGGUCGACGUCGGACCGGUCGGGAGUGUGGUCCGGGCCCGGGAGCGACGGCUCGCUCUCGUUCCGUGGGCAUGCGCUCAACUCUGACUCUGGAGCAGACGAGAUUGCGGCGUAUCUUGUGGCGCACUCGUCGGUCCGUGCGCGGUACCUGCAGCGUGCGCCACUUGCGCUCAUCAUGCUGCUGACUGCGGUGUACUUUCAGCUGACGCUGCGGUGCGUGCAGGGCGUGUACUGCAAGCAGGUCAACUCGCAGAAGCGUCUUGCGAUGGAGCUCUCGACGCUCUGCUACGAGGGCUCGCACAAGUCGACCGUCGUGGUCAUCUGGAUCCUCAUUGUCGUCUACGUCGCCGGCUUCCCGCUCAUCACCCUCUUCCUCAUGACGCGUGCGCUGCAGCGCGGGGCGCUGGCGGCGCUCAAGGCAGGACCCUUUGCCUUUCUCACCCGCGGCCUCCAUGUCCGCUACUUCUGGUUCCGGCUCCUGGCGCUGGGCAUCAACCUCGUCCUCGUCCUCCAGACCACCCUCUCGGACGAGCCGGCGGUCAAGAUCUUUGCCGCCGGCAUGUCGUUCCUGGCCAACACGGUGGUGGUCAUCUUUGUGUGGCCGUUCAAGGUCGAGGCCAACAACUGGGUCCAGAUCGCGGUUGGCCUUGCCGCUGCCAUCCAGCUGGUCUUCUUCCUUGACGCCGACGCCCUUGCUGGCGAGACGGCCGAGCAGGAGGCCUACCGCAACGCCCUCGCCAUCACCAUCGCCGCCGUCCUGCUGCUCGUCCUUGUUUGGCGGGUGUGGCGUAAGCGAGACAGCCUCUUCACCGGCUGCUGCGCAGACCACUCAGACCACGAGUACGAGGCCGACAGCAUGUCCGUGGACGAGCGUGCCAUUGCCGCCGCCGACUACCGCCGGCCGUCGACAACCUCGUUCGGCUCGUCGGCGACGACCACGGGCUCGACAGCGUCGACCACGGGCUCGACGGCGUCGUCAGACGACGGGUGGAACCAUCUGCGGGAGACCAUGGCGCUGCGCAAGAUCGGCGACUCGGAGUGGGAGGCCGAGAUGGAGGCGGAGCGCAAGCGGUACGGCAACGCAGUGCAUGUGGUGGAGAAGGCGGCGGCGUCGCUCGCAGGCGUUAUCGCUGGCGUGCCCGACGGCGAGUACUCGUACUCGUACGCGCCGACGUCGGCGUCGUCGUCGUCGGCAGCAAGCGAUUCCUCACCUCACCCCCACACCCAUCGUCACCGCCACCACCACCACCACCACCACCACCAUGCCCAUGCCCAGAACGCCAUCUCCAGCGCGCUCAAUGCCGCCGUCGCCCGCAACCGCGGCAAUGAGUCGUCCGGCACCUCGGGCGCUGUCUCGGGCAAUUCCGGGUAGAAGAGCCGUACCCACGACCUCGGCUCUGCGGGCAGCCUAUGGACAUACAUACGUGCUUGGGAGCGAGGAUGGGUAAGCCGGCGAUGAGUGCCUGCGAGGUAAAGAGCCGUGCUUUA